UACAAUACAAAAACUGACUAAAUAUAUCAGUUUUUUUCCUCAAACUGUAUUAGCUCGUAUCGAUCCGGGUUUGAAAGUGGCGGUUACCUUGGUUACCAGCCUCGAUGGACGGUGGCCAGGCGGAAAGGAGGAGAGAAGGAGGUGGAGGAGGAGGAGGAGAGAAGAAGGAGAAGGAGGAGGGCUUCACCACUGUUGGAGGGGAGGAGAGGCCGAGGUGGACGUGGCGGGUCCGCCGCAGUUGGCCACAAGUCGCGGGCAGCUGAGCCGAAGCAGCCAUGACGCGGAACGCCCGCAGGGAUGUCUGACAACAGAACUGCCGGCUCCGAGUUGGUUACAAGAGUGGCGCCUCCAUGUUGAAUAGUCAGCCAUCCUGCCGGUCCGUCCCGCUGCUCAGGAACUGUAGUGGGAAUGCUUGGCGGCCGCUGCCAAUACGGCGCUUGUGCUGACGUCGGGUUCGCAGACAAAGGCCGUCGGCCUCGGUUCCUCCCAUUCGCCAUUGACCGGGCUCCUCAUAUCGGCCGUCGUCUCAGCUCCUCCCCUUCGCCAAGGGCGUCCAGAGCGGAGGUCUCGGGGGCGGGGGUUCGUAGACGGAGCUCCACCCUUCACCAUGACGGACUUGGAGGCCGAGUGUCUGAGCCUGAGCCUUGCUUCGGAGGGCGGCUCCCCUCCGCCCCCCCUGGAACCCGGCGGCCCGGCCUCGCUGGCCCUCCUCAGCUCGGACGGCCCCACCCCUACCCUCAGCUCACUGGCGGCGGAGGUGGCCGAGCCGCUGGUCAUGCUGCCGUGCGUCAAGAGCGAGCCCGAGGACCUGGAGGACCUGGAGCACCUGGAGCCCAUCCGCACCGUGGACCUGUCGGAGAUCCAGCCGCUGUCCACCGCCGAGCUGGGCCACGAGCAGAUCAAGAUGGAAAUCAGUGGCCUGGACUACAUCAAGGCUGAGCAUCACCGCGCCGACCUGGAUCAUCACCUUGACCCGUUCCGCCAUGCCGAGGAUAUGGACUACAAGUCGCACUACGAGAACAGCUGUGUGUUUGACUACAUCUCCCAGGUGAGCGACACCCUGGACUACAUCAAAUCGGACCACCAUGUGGACCUGCAGUGUUACUACGCCGCAGAGCCGGGCGACUUGGACCCGGCGGAUGCUCUGCAGCCGCCUCACAACGCUCUGGAGUCCAUCCACAUGGCCGAGCUGCGCAGUGAGCUCAACAAGCUGCGACCUGACUCGCUUCUGCUGCUUGAUGGGAUGGCCAAACCCGAAGCCCAGUUCCCCUACCAGGCGACGCCAGCCGACGAAGGCAAGGCGGCGGCGACCAAAAGCCCGACGGUGAGGAAGCCGCGCAACAUGCAGGGCGAGAAGCCCUUCUCGUGCACGCAGUGCGGCAAAAACUUCAGCACGCUGGGCAACCUGAAGACGCACCAGCGCAUCCACACGGGUGAGCGGCCGUACUCGUGCGCGCAGUGCGGCAAGAGCUUCGGCCAAGCCGGAAAUCUCAAACGCCACCAGCUCAUCCACACGGGCCAGAAGCCCUACGUGUGCGCCCACUGCCCCAAAGGCUUCACCAAGGCCGACGACCUGCGCGCGCAUCAGCGGCUGCACACGGGCGAGCGCCCCUUUGCCUGCCACACCUGUGCCAAGACCUUCAGCCAGGCCAAGGAGCUCAAGGCGCAUCGGCUGAGCCACACGGGCGAGCGGCCCUUCUGCUGCCAGCACUGCGGCAAGAGCUUCAGCAAGGAGACGGCGUACCGCAACCACCUCCUCGUGCACGACACCGGCGCCGCCACCGGGCAGGCCAAACCCUUCGCCUGCUCGCACUGCGGCAAGACUUUCAGCAACGCCGCCGUGCUCAAGACCCACGAGAAGAUCCACUCCGGCGAGCGGCCGUUUGGCUGCGCGCAGUGCGGCAAGAGCUUCGGCCGCCUCGGACACCUCAAGGCGCACCAGCACGUUCACACGGGCGAGCGGCCGCACGCCUGCGCGCGCUGCGGCAAGGCGUUCAGCCAGUCGGGCCACCUCAAGGCGCACCAGCAGAUCCACAAGCGGGAGCGCGCUGCUGCGGACACAGACAGAUGCUAGAUAAAUGUGUCAUGGACAGAAUGCUUUUUUUUUUUUUACUUUAAUGCAAUAGCCACCUCUUUGUUACCUUUUGGCGCCUUUCUGAUCGUUACUUCUACGGCUCUUUUUUUUUUUUUUUGUCCACGUGUGUGGAGAGCGUGUCUGAGGAAAGCCAUUUGAACAUUUUCCCCUUCAACUUUUGUGUGGCGAGGGUAAAUUUGCUUCAUUCGUACAACGCGUUAGCAGAGAAGAGGAGGGGCUUCCUCCGGUAGGUACCGAUAUUUGAUAUCGGCUAUGCCAACUUCCUCAGCCAGCGCCCUCUACGGCCUGCUCUUUUUUUGGGGGGGGUGGGGGGGGUUCCGCUACAAUUGUCAUAUCGAAAUUCUGACUUUGCAUAAAGUACGUUUGGUACCGGUCGCGAAACGGUACCGAGGCGACAACCCAAAAUGGCAAUAAAAAUAGUGGAAUGAUAACCGACACAGCAACUUCCAAAUCUUUGUAUUCAUAUUACUAAAACAUAUUAAGAUAUUGAGUACGAUAUUCAAUAGGUUAUAUUUUUUAAGUUUUUAAGCACAAAGUAAUUGCAGAUGACAUUGCGUCCGUCUGUUAUAUUUUUAGAUUUGUACUGAAAACAAAAACUGCAACACGAGCAGGUGUUAGGAAAAAGUUGAAUGUGCCGAAACACGGCGACAAAUCUUUUGCUCAACAACUCCAGGACGUUGUGCGUGGCGCAGUCUAUUCCCCAGACUGACUGACUGGUUGUCACUAUUCCGAAGCGUUCUGCGCUUUUGUAGCUCAAAUUGAAAAAAAUUCAACUCAAGCGAAUUGGCAAUGAAGGAAAUUUUUGUGUGGUGACCCCAUUCGUGUCACCUCCAAAUGCAUCUUUCACAUUGGCUGGCGCAAAUUUGCACCUGCUCGUGUUGACUAUAUUUCCGGAUUCAUCUUUAAAUUGGAUUUUUUUUUUAAGUUUUAAUUUCCAUUCCUUUGUUGAAAAAGAAACUUAUUAGAAAGUGACAGUGCAAAAAGGAAAAAAACAAACCUCCAGUAACUUGCUGAUGCUCAGUUCCCGGUUUGGUUCGUUACAACCAGGAGAACAUUUGCAAAAAGGUCGAGCAUUUUUUUUUUUUCAAAAUAAAAGUAGCUGUUUGUCUUAUUUUGGUUCAACACCAACAUCAAGUCAGUCUGCUCUUGUGGUUGACUACUGAAAUCAGACAAUUUUGGCAUUGAAAGCUUGACAUUCUGAAGAUUUGAACACUUUUAACAAGAUACCGAAAUGAUUAAUUGAUUCAAAAUAGGGGCUGAUUAAUUUGAUCAUCGACUCGUGGAUUAAUCUCUCAAUUGUUCCACCUCUAAAUAAUUGAAUUUAGAGGAUUCAUUUGUACUAAUGGACCAAAAGUGGUGCGAGUUGUUGGUAAAAGUGUUCCAAGAAAGCCAGUAGUUCUCCUCGUGCACUAAAUCCUGAUACUAGUGAGGACGAAGAGCACGAGUAGUCCACGGAUAUCCAACUGUCCUACGGAAUCAACGCUCAGAUGGCUUUCCACAGACGUCGCCAAGCAACUGACCAAUUGUGUGACUAGCUCGGUGCUAGCAAACAUUAGCUUGCGGUCACACUUUGUUACACAUUCGUCUUUGUACUUUUCCAUAUUUAUACACAUUAUCUAUCUAUAUCUAUAUACAUAUAUAGAUAUAGAUAUAUAAUACGCAAAACACAACCUGUACAUGCAGAGGAGAGUUUGACUGGAAAGAAUGUUUGUCGGAAAUUUCUUUUUCCGAUCGAAAGACUCAACUUGUUUACACUGAUGACGUCGUUGUGAUGUCAUCUCCCCCCUCCCCCUUUCACAUUUUGUGUACGUGUGACCCUUGCUGGCUGAUUUGGAGCUCUCUCCUUUGUGUCAAGAGACAGCGAAUGAUCUUUUGAAUUUUUUUUCGUUUCUAUUUAGCCCGACAAAUGAUUACAGGUUAAUCAUCUCUUCAUGUUCAUCUUCGAUGUUUUUAAUCUUCAUAUGACCCACACACGUUUUGUACCAGUUUUUUAUGAUCACUUGCCUUUUAUUGAAACGAAACCAUUUCUUGUACUGCCAAUCGACUAUAAAAAGUUUUUUGUCUUUGCA